UGCGUCCAUUUUGACAUGAAGCAAGACCUUCAAAAAUGGAAUCACUCUCUAAUUAUUGUAUAACUAACGAUGAUCACGUAAAUUCUUGACACUUUCACGAUGUCAUAUACGCGCCUCAAAGAGAAGGAAACUAUACCUUAACCACAAGCACAACCACGUUGGAAGAAGACACUUUUCUCUUAUCGCUUCUUCCUUUUUCUCCAAUUGUUCCCACAAGCUCUGUGAUGCUGUCUCGUGUGUUCAAAGUACAUGGGCACUUCUGUGCCUCUCACCCAUGGGAAGUGAUCAUCGGCACAGUGACCACAACACUAUGCCUCAUGUCCAUGAGUGUCUUCACUGGCAGCAAUAAGAUCUGUGGCUGGAACUACAACUGCCACAAUGAAGAGGACUGGAAGAGCUCUGAUAUGAUCAUUCUCUCCAUUACACGUUGCCUUGCUGUGAUGUACAUCUACCUACAGUUCCGCAACCUGCGGCGCCUGGGCUCCAAGUACCUCCUGGGUGAUUAUAAUCUUGUGCAGCAGAGCUUUGUGACAGGUAUAUCUGGAGUUUUCACCAUCUUCUCAAGCUUCGUGUUCAGCGUUGCCAUCAUCAACCUCCUUGGCAACAACCUGAAAGGACUUGAUGAGGCUCUGCCAUUUUUCUUGCUGUUGAUUGACCUCUCUAAGGCGAGUGCCCUGGCUCGCUUCGCCCUCAACUCCUCCACACAGGAUGAAGUGAGAGAGAACAUCGCUAAAGGCAUGGCCCUCAUUGGUCCAUCCAUCACCCUGGAUGCCAUUGUGGAAACUCUGGUUAUUGGUGUAGGGACACUAUCAGGUGUUCGUCAACUGGAGACCAUGUGCUGUUUUGGCUGUCUAUCUGUCAUGGCUAACUACCUUGCCUUCAUGACCUUCUACCCGGCCUGUCUGGCACUGGUCCUAGAGCUGACAAGGGUACGUAAUCACGGCCGUCCCAUGUGGCAGCUGCGGCAGCUGGCCCAGAUCCUGCAGCAGGAGGAGGAGGAGACCAAGCCCAACCCCGUCACCCAGAGAGUCAAAAUCAUCAUGUCUGCGGGGUUGGUGCUCGUACAUGCCCACAGUCGGUGGGUGGCCGCAACGGACAACGCUGACCCUCAGAUGACCUCAGUCAUGACCCCAGCAGAGAAGGCUUUGAUGGACCAGAGAAUCAACCCUGAUGUGCCACUGUGGCAGUUCUAUGUUCAGCGAAUGUUUUUGGGAAGAGCUGAUUAUGCAAUGACACUGGUUUUGGCAAUCGUCCUCACAUGCAAGUAUAUAUUCAUGGACACUGACGUUGAUCGUGAGGUGGAUGAUAUGCUGAAGACAGCCUCGCCUGAGAAGAUAGUGGCUGACAUUGGCACCAAUACCACCAAUACCACCAAUACCACCAGUGACUCACAGACAGAGGCUAUUGAAGGAGUGACUAAUGGACAAGUCAGUAAUACGUUCAAACCAGGUGCAUCCUUCAUCAUCGGGGAAUAUGAUGACAGCUCCGAUGAUGAGAAGGAAGACAAGUCAACUCAGACGGAGGUGGAUGAUGAAGCAUUCAAGCCGCUCCAGCUGCUGCUGAAACCCAAGCAGCCUCGCCGUCUGGAGGACUGUGUAUCAAUCAUGAAGUCAGAUGAGGGCCCUGGGGUGCUGUCUGAUGCGGAGAUCCAGCUGCUGGUGGAGAGGAAGCACAUCCCGGCCUACAAGCUGGAGACUGUGUUGCAGGACCAUGUCAGGGGCGUCGCCAUCAGACGACGGAUGGUUUCGGAAAAACUUGCUGCCUCUGAUGCUUUGGAGAAACUACCAUAUGAACACUAUGAUUAUAAAUAUGUGGACGGAGCCUGCUGUGAGAAUGUGAUCGGCUACAUGCCUUUACCAGUGGGUGUCGCAGGACCACUGCUCCUGGAUGGCGUCAAGUACCAGGUUCCCAUGGCAACAACGGAAGGAUGUCUGGUUGCCAGCACUAACAGAGGUUGUCGAGCAAUUGAACAAAGCGGAGGAGCCCACAGCAUGGUCAUCAAUGAAGGCAUGACCCGUGCACCUGCCAUCCGAUUCCCUACUGCCAAGAGAGCAAGUGAGGUGAAACUUUGGAUGGAGGACAAGGAGAAUUUUGAGCUCAUCAAGGAAGCUUUUGAUCUUACAAGCAGGUUUGCUCGUCUGCAGAGACUUCAGAUCGCCCAGGCCGGACGCUUGUUGUAUGUGAGGUUUGUGGCCAAGACUGGAGAUGCUAUGGGCAUGAACAUGCUAUCUAAGGGAGCUGAAAAGGCCUUGAACAUACUGAGUGAAAACUUUUGUGACGUGGAAAUUCUCAGUUUGAGCGGCAACUAUUGCACAGACAAGAAACCAUCGGCUAUCAAUUGGAUUGAAGGCCGUGGGAAGUCGGUUGUAUGCGAGGUCGUCGUCCCUGGCAAUGUUGUCAAGAACCUACUCAAGACGUCUGUCCCAGCCCUUGUUGACCUUAACAUCACUAAGAACCUGAUUGGGUCUGCCAUGUCGGGCAGCAUCGGGGGCUUCAACGCUCACGCUGCCAACGUCGUCACCGCCAUCUUCAUUGCCACAGGACAGGAUCCUGCCCAGAAUGUGGCCAGCUCCAACUGCAUGACGUUGAUUGAAGCAACAGGCCCACAUCAUGAGGACCUCUACAUAAGCUGCACCAUGCCGUCAAUAGAGAUCGGAACUGUAGGAGGCGGCACGGUCCUUCCUCCCCAGUCGGCCUGUCUGCAGAUGCUAGGGGUAAAGGGGUCAUCUAACUGCCCUGGCGACAACGCUCGUACCCUGGCCCGAGUUGUAUGCGCCACCGUCCUGGCUGGAGAACUCUCCCUACUCUCUGCACUGGCCGCUGGUCAUCUCGUGAAGAGCCAUCUUACUCACAACAGGUCCAGUAUGAAUGUGGCUGGCACUGCCACCCCAUCACUUCCUCAACAACUGAAGACAGAGCCUGUCCCCAACUCCUGCCUACACAAAGCAUCAUGAUGACACUCCCCCAUAGGUGUGUCGGGGUUCUAUUCAGCACUAGUCAAAACCUGGUUUCAAAGUCAAAGUAUUGACCAUCUAUGAGGUGGUUGUCAGGGUAGUGUGUAUUAUGGUAUUGUGUUGUUAACACCUUCCUGGCAAGCUCAAGCUCAAUGUAAAAACGGUGUCACUACCUGGUAGCAAGGCCAGCUAAACUGGAAGUGUCCAUUAGGCUCACAAUCAAGCCUUUCAUGGAUACAUCCAAUAUGUUAUAUGAAAUCCUGCAUUUGUUUGUGAAUUGACAUUUAGAAUUUUGCUACAGGAAUACUACUUGUUGUGUUAUUAGCACUGUGUACAAAACACGACUCUUCUGAGCUGAUACAAGCUGUUCUCUUGACCUUCUAUCAUUUCUGCUCAGCUUCCAUUCUCGGUGCUAAGAAAUCUGGUUGUCCAACAUCUUCCAGCAUUUUCUGUCAUGCUGAUUAUAGGUGCUGAUGUAAAUGAAACCAUUUGUAUUGUUCUGAACAUCAAGUUCAGGUUUUGUGACAGAACCUCUGUCCUUUGUGUAUUGCAUGUAUUCUAAAUUCAGGCUACAGAAUCGACCACGAGCAUGAAGCCUAAUUCUACAAUGACUGUGUUAGAUCAGUAGAGUUCGCUAUUUAUGACCCAACAAUAAGAGUCUACUCCAUCCAACCUACGUCUAAAUGUUUUUAGUCAUAGUUCAUGUUUUGAUAUUGUUUGAUUGGAACAUUCUACCCUCCGAUGUGUUCUAAUGUAUGAGUUUAGAUGCUCCUGAUGGGGAUAUCUUAUCCCACUCAGUCACUUACUGACGAACCAAUGACAAUCCAUAUCAUGAUUUAAGGGUUGAGAUGCAAUCUCAAUAUGAUGGUGGUAUUCUUAAAUUAUCUAGUUGAGUUUAAUGUGUUCAGCCGAGAUAUAUGCAGUUUUGAAUAGUUUGAAUGAGCCAUAUUUGGGGUAUUGUACAGCCUUUGAAUGUGUGACUAUGCUUGUCGUAAGAGGCGACUAACAGGAUCGGGUGGUCAGGCCCGCUGACUUUGUUAAUGCAUGUCAUCGUAUCUUAAUUGUGUGGAUCGAUGCUCAUGAUGUCAAUCACUGGAUUGUUUGGUCCAGACUCGAUUAUUUACAGACCACUGUCAUAUAGCUGGAAUAUUGCAGAGUGUGGUGUAAAACAACAAACAAACAAAACAAACCAUGUACCAGCAUGGGGGUAGUUGUUGAAGUAUCAUUACACCAAAAGUUGUCCUCAAUGUCAAACUAAGAUGGGCUAGUCUUAGCUCAUAUCAUUGGCCAGGUUUUCCAGGGUCACAACACAAUGGAAAUUUGUUUGCCAAAACCCAGCCAAUAGCUCAUCUUUGUUUUGUUAACUGACCAACUUGACAACUAGGACAAUGAUCAUAACAAAGAAAGUGUCAGACUGAUUGUCUUUGAGAGAAUUACAUUCUGUGCUGUGCUGUGCUGUCCAUAGCAACUUGUUGAGUAUCUUUUUUGUAUGAUGAAUGUUAAGAAAUAUAGGGCAGGUUAUUAGCAGACCAAUGUUUUUGAGGAAUGCCUAAUGUAUCUUUGUUGAAAACCGCUUCAAGAUCCAGCAUUCGGCAUUAAUCGGUCACGUGCCCACUCCCUGGACAUACUGCCUGUUAAGAUGAUCAGUGCUGUAUGUAAACAAGCCUUCUGCAGUGCUAGAAACUAGCAGUUCUAGCCCACUAGUUCUUAUAAUGAUAACACAUAGCAAAACCCUUAUAAAGGGGAAAUUUCUACUAGUCCUUAGGAAUACCUUAACUUUUGGGCAGUUUGGCAAGGACUAUAGGACUAGUGCCAAUUUCUAAUGCUGCUUCUGUAUGUCUCAUGAUAUCUGAAGACACAGAAUUGUAUGACUGAACACCAUAGCGUGUACACCAUGGAGUAUUAUGGCAUUUACGAGGGCAUUCAUUACCUUCUGAACAUCAGAUUACAGGUUAGGCAUUACAUCCGUGACUGAUACUGUAUCAGCUUCUAGAGUAUCAGGAUAAACAUCAUGUUUCAUAGCUUGAGACGACUCAGUGAAGCAAUGAGCAUUAAUCUCACAUGUCAUCCUAUUCUGGAUUGUUUUUUGAUUGGUUGUUACAUUGUUUCAAUAAGAAAUACUAAGGAUAAUAUGUCUCCAUGUACAAGAAUAGUUGGAAAUAGUCAUGAAGAAAACACUUCUUUUGCCAAAAAUAAGCACCUCUACUCUGUUCAGUUUUCAUCUUUUUCCAUAAUUUCUUCAUUGUUUCGUUGUGAAAAGGUGGUACUGAAGUUGCGGUUAUGCAUCGUUAAAUGUAUUUUCUGUGUUAAGGUGUUUUUUCACAUUGACAAGGAUGACAAUCUUCCGCAGAUGCGCGAAUUUCCGUGAAUUUAAGUGACCACAAAUUUUGUUAGAAUCUGAUGGCUUCCCCUCUAAACACCCCCAAAUUAUGGACCAGGCUCCAUUGCAAAGAUGUUUCAGCUGAAAAGGAAAAUAUCCAUUCUCAUCUCUGCAUUGAAAGUGAUCAGCAUUUUUCCCCAAUGAUUGUCUUAUACCAAUAUCUUCCCCAUGGUUUUUAGAGGUAUAGUUGUAAGGUCAAGUGAGGAACUGAAGCAGUGUUUUCAGACAGGAUCAUUCUCAGAAUAUCAGUUUUAUUAAAUAACUGAAAGAUACAAAAGGCAACAAAAUCAGGAAGUGAACACACCAGGUCGUGAUUAAAAUGACCAAGGCCCAGUUUCUUGUGGAUACCCAAUGUUAUGCUUGUAUGUGUUUGGUAUUGUGAUUAUGAACAUUAUUUGUUAAAGUGUGUAAUUAUCAAGGUACAACUGUGAUAUUAGAUAUGUAGCCAUGGUUACAUCUCCAUCCUCAUUGAAAUAUGAAUCCUUGCUAUUGGGAGGACUCAACUGCACAAUUAACCUGAGCACUGUCAUGGUCGCAGUUGCUUCCCCUGUCCUGAUGUUGAUUUAGGAGUACUAGAACAGGCUUAAUGGAUAUUGGUGAUGGUGGUGAAAGGCUGAGAUAAUGGCAGAUAAAGUGAUUGUGUAUGUGUAAUAGAUCAAAAAAUAAAUUUUGUUUUGCCAUUUAAGUAUUCCAUCCUAGGACCAGCUGUUCAUGUCACAUCUGUCUCAAGCUUUUGUUUUGCAAGGAGACAUGUCCAUAUACAUGUGUAUGUGUUUUUAGAUUAAAUGAUUCUGUUGGUAUUGAAAUGUUGAUAUUGUAUUUGUGGAAAUUGACAUGGUAUUAUUAUAAUAUUGAAAUUGGUAUGAUUAUUUUUAACAUAUUCUUUAUUUUCCAAGCCAUUUCAAAGAUUUAGCCUGAUUACUCUCCACACUAGGUUUUUACUCUCUAAUUAAGCUGAUAUGAGUGAAGUAAUGUUCAAAGUGCUGUUGUAACACACUUAAUAGUGUGACUGGAAACAAUGCCUUACGUUUGGUUAUCUUUUGGGAUAAAUGUAUUGAUUCAUUUCAGGGAUUUAUGAAGUUACCAUUAACUCAAUAUUGAAAUAUAUAUUUUCAAAGCUGUUCAUCACAGUUGAUUGUGAGCAUCAUUUUUCAAUGAUGUGUGGAUGUUUUUAGGUUACGUGUCAGUGUGCAGGUAUGCUAUGUAUAUUUUGCAAAAGAGAAUAUAUUUUAUACAUGUACAUUUUGUAAUUAUGUGAAAAAUGACAAGUGUAUUUAUUAUGUAUUAUUCCUAUCCGCAUCAGCACUGUGCUUACAGAUAUAUUUAUGAAAAUCAUAACUGAUCUGUUUAAUGAAAAUAAAAUAUUGAUCAUCCAAA